UCAUACUAGUGUUUUUUUUUUUUUGUUGGUUAUCUCGGUUUUCAAAUUUCGAAUCCAAAUAUUCUAGAUCUUCUUCUAUCUGGAUCGUUGUUGUUAGCUUCUGAACAUGAUAAAGUUUGUCUCUUUCGAUGUUUUGCGUAUUCCCAUUAUCGAUUUUGCCUUCUCAACUGUAUUAAAGUUUGGUUUUUUAACACAGUGUAAUGUACACUAGAAAGAAAGAAAAGAAAAAACAAACCUUUAGGAUGUUUUAUUUUGGUUUGCUGAUGAAAAAAAUUGAAACUUUAUACCACUUCAUUCAUAGUAUUAAUGAUCUUUUAAAGCCUAAUGGAGAUUAGUACUCAAUAUUAAUUCGGUCCUACGUAAGUUUCAAAGUAUCAAAGUAAUUUGAGAUUUACAUAUAUCAAUAUGUCUUACAGUCUUAGGAUCAAGCUCUUUAUGAUCCCAAACUUUUUAGAAUGUUUCUUUCCAACCUAACAAUGAUUUUGAGAAAAGUUGUGUUGUCUGCAUAUAAGUAUCUUGAAACUUCAAGAGUUUUUUGUGAUUGAGAAUUUCGGAGAUCUGUGUUUGUGAUGAACCAUCUGGGAAGUCCAAUUUGUUUUUUUUUGUAUGUGCUUAUUUUAGAAAUUUCACAUCUGGGUUUGUGGAAAGUUCGUAGCUUUCGAGGAUUUAACUAAUGGCUAAAAAGAUGGAUUCUUCUUACACCUUUGCCUUGGGGACAAGCAGUUCUAUUUUGCCAAACCUCUGUUUCAAGAACGUAGAAAACAGAUUUUGGUGUGACAAGAUCAACAACAACAAUGGUUUUUUAAAACGUUUUAGAUCAGAUUUUGGCUCCAACAAGUUUGGGAAUCGAAAGUUCAAGCACGGUGUUGUUUAUGCUGUUGCCACUUCAAAUAAUCCAAAAGAGGCUAUGACAGUGAAGCCUUCGAUGUUUGAGAGAAGAAAGGCAGACCCGCAAAACGUGGCUGCAAUCAUUCUAGGAGGAGGCAAUGGAGCUAAACUCUUCCCUCUUACAAAGAGAGCCGCAACACCUGCUGUUCCUGUUGGUGGAUGCUACAGGUUGAUCGAUAUCCCGAUGAGUAACUGCAUUAACAGCUGUAUAAACAAGAUCUUUGUGCUUACACAGUUCAACUCGGCUUCCCUAAAUCGACAUUUAGCUCGUACUUAUUUUGGGAAUGGCAUAAACUUUGGAGGUGGUUUUGUAGAGGUUCUUGCUGCUACGCAAACACCAGGAGAAGCAGGGAAGAAGUGGUUUCAAGGAACAGCAGAUGCUGUCAGAAAAUUCCUCUGGGUGUUUGAGGAUGCCAAGAACAGGAACAUUGAGAACAUACUUAUUUUGUCUGGAGAUCAUCUCUAUAGAAUGAACUACAUGGACUUUGUUCAGUCUCAUGUAGAUAGUAACGCAGAUGUUACUCUUUCUUGCGCACCAGUCAGUGAAAGCCGUGCAUCGAAUUUUGGUCUAGUGAAGAUGGAUAGAGGAGGACGUGUAAUCCAAUUCUCUGAGAAGCCAACAGGAAACGAUCUAAAAUCAAUGCAAACGGACACAACAAUGCUUGGAUUGUCUCAUGAAGAAGCAACAGAUACUCCAUACAUUGCAUCAAUGGGAGUUUAUUGUUUCAAAACUGAAGCUUUGCUGAACCUUCUAACAAGACAGUAUCCGAGUUCCAAUGACUUUGGAUCUGAAGUUAUUCCUGCAGCCAUAAGAGAUCAUGAUGUCCAAGGAUACAUAUUCCGGGAUUACUGGGAGGAUAUUGGAACUAUAAAGACAUUCUAUGAGGCUAACUUAGCUCUUGUUGAGGAGCGACCAAAAUUUGAGUUCUAUGAUCCAGACACUCCAUUCUAUACAUCUCCUCGGUUCCUCCCACCAACCAAAACUGAGAAAUGCCGUAUGGUAGAUUCCAUAAUCUCACACGGAUGUUUCCUGCGAGAAUGCAGCGUUCAACGUUCCAUCAUUGGUGAAAGGUCACGUCUAGACUAUGGAGUUGAGCUUCAGGAUACAUUGAUGUUAGGUGCAGAUUACUACCAAACUGAAUCUGAGAUUGCAUCACUAUUAGCAGAAGGAAAGGUUCCAAUAGGUAUUGGUAAGGACACAAAGAUCAGGAAAUGCAUCAUUGACAAGAAUGCCAAGAUCGGUAAAAACGUGAUCAUCAUGAACAAAGGAGAUGUUCAAGAAGCGGAUAGGCCAGAGGAAGGAUUCUACAUUCGAUCUGGAAUCACUGUGAUAGUCGAAAAGGCAACAAUUCAAGACGGUACUGUCAUAUGAACGGAGCUUCAAAGUUGCUGUCUAAAAAGACCGUGGAGCAAAAUGUAGCCGGAGGCUGCUUGGCCUGAGAUCACAAGAGGACAAACAGCUAUGGUCUUAUUUUCCGGCAGUGUAUGUAUAUUUAGAAAGAGCUUCAAGCUUAUAGCUAAAGUUUAUUAUGUAAGAGAUAGAAAUGUAGACAAUAAGAACAGGGUGAGCUCAAGUCUGAUCACCCGAUCUCUCUCUCUUUCUCUUUUCACACCUUUUGUAUUUAGAAUCUUUUAAUGAUUAUUAUCCAAGAAAAUAAGCAAUUUUAUCUU